AUGGACGACAGAAUUUUAGAGCAAUUAGAGAACGACAUUCACAACAAGGUUGUCGCUUAUGAAUACAGUGACGCGGGAGACAAGACCCUCUCUGGCUUUAUCAUUACCUUAUUGAAAGUUGGAAAGAAUGCUCAGGAAGUCAAUGAUGAGCUUCUUUUACUCGUAGGAACUGAUUAUGAUUCCAAUCUCACUGAAUGGAUUUUCACUCGUAAGCAAGAACUUGAAGCGCCCUCAUCCGCACCAGAAACAUCCACGCCAAUGCAAGAAGAGCAGCCUCAACAACAAGAGCAACCCCAAUCUGAUAGGCAGAACACAGCAUCUUCUCGACAAACAGGACGCAUGGAUAGCGAGAGGCCUAAGAGCAGAAUGUUUAGUCAGGCACUUGGAGCUUUGACAAAUGACAGCAAGCGCACCGACUACUCAUCAGCACGCCACCGCAGCGAUCGUUCUCGCAGUCGAUCUCGCUCACCUGGACGUCGCCCUACUCGUUACGAACGCCCUGAACGCACUUCUCGCCAUGAAGACAGGGAUUCUCGCAAAUCGAAUGAUGUGUUUUCUAGAAUUGGAAAUGCAAGAGGCAAUAGCGGUGAUAGACCUAGUGUUUUCGAUCGCUUGGGUGGAUCUAAACCUAUCGACAUCCCUGACCGUCACCACAAUAGCAAACAAGAGCGUUGUAAAUACUGGCCCAACUGCAAAAACGGUGAUAAUUGCAUGUUUGUCCACCCUACUAGCAUCUGCCCCGAUUUCCCCAAUUGCCCAAAAAAGGCAUCAGAAUGUCUAGGCAUUCACCCAGAAAUCGGCAAGCCGGCCUUACAGCCUCAUACAACCAAAUUACCAUAUCCCUGCAAAUUCUUCCCUUACUGCAACAACCCAGUAUGCCCAUACAUGCAUCCCAUCAUGCCACCUCAACAAGCGUAUUUCAUGCAAGCCCAGCCUUCAUUCUCCAAGGUUGGACAACGAGUGCCAAUUCCUUGUAAAAACGGUGAUGCUUGUACAAGACCAGAUUGCCAUUUCCUUCACCCCAAAGAUGCUGAUUUCAACAAGACCGAAGUGAUUUGUAAGUUUGAUGGCGCUUGCACACGACCCAACUGCUUCUACAAGCACACAAAAGAAAAUAACACUCAAAACAAAGCUUUAAUCAACAAGUCUGAAAACAUCAACACUCGCCAAUUCUCUGUACCUGAAGAUCAAGUUGAAGAGCGUAUUAUUGUUGGUGAAAGUGCAGAUGUGAUCCGCGAGUCUGAACAGCCAUCUGCGUCCAAGGAUGUUGAUAUGGACUCAUAG